AUGGAUCAAAAUGCCGUAGUGACCGCUGGUGCAAAUAGUUUGCCACCUACAGAGAGAGAGAACGAUACGACGCCGAACACGGCUGACAGGCACAUAUCGUUAAAUUCCUAUGUGUCGGAGGCUGAAAGCGCUGUUGCCGCCACAUGUGUAAGACUGAUGAUGGUGAACGACGGGUACUAUCUUCCAUAUCACGCCGUGAUAAAAAAUUGUAGCAUCACUACAAAAUGUAGGGUAGUGUUUGACGCGUCGGCAAAGUCGUCGAGCGGGUUUUCCCUUAACAAUGUUCAUCAAUUAGCGUAUGAUUAUAUAAAAUGGGUUUUCAUACCAGCGUCUUCUCCCAGCUUCGGCGGCAUAUGGGAGGCCGGAAUAAAAAGCGCAAAAAGUCACAUAAAGCGUGUAAUAGGUGAAACUAGAUUAACGUUCGAGGAAUUUGCAACGGUGUUGACACAAAUUGAAUCUAUUUUAAAUUCGCGGCCGCUUUGUCCACUUACUCAGGACCCAGACGACCUCGCAGCGUUGACACCAGGGCAUUUUCUAAUUAGGAGGCCCUUGACUACCCUUCCUGAAAUCAAUCUCACUGAUGUUCCAAUAAACCGCUUAACCAAGUGGCAGCACCUGCAGAUGAUGAGUCAGCAUUAUUGGAAUAGAUGGCAACGAGAAUACUUGACAGAGCUACAGAACCGUGUAAAGUGGAAGCAGAAUUCAAGACAUUUACUAAAGGUUGGAAUAUUAGUUCUUGUUAAAAAUGACAAUGCACCUUCAGUGAACUGGCAGCUUGGUCGUGUAACAGAACUGCAUCCAGGAAAGGACGGUGUUACCCGUGUAGUGAGUUUGAAGGUGAAUGAUGGUGUCCUAACUAGGGCAGUAAAUCGCGUGUGCGCUUUACCAAUUAUUAACAAUAAAAUUUCUAUAACCACUUAG